AUGCAACCUCCACCACCUCCGAUCUGCAUUUCCCGAGUUUCGCGCUACUCACGAAUGUGGCGCCAUUUCGACGUAGGAUUGUACCGAUUCUUAAAGAAUCAGGUGUACAUUCCACUUCUAAGCCAUCAACUUCCCACAGUCUUGGCUAUGCUCCGAAAUCUUGCUACUCUCUUUGCAGUUUUUGGAGUGGUCCUGGCUUGGCACGGCAUAAGAACACACUACAUCUGUUGGGUGUCGCUAUCAGCGUUAGAGCUUGUUAUGGAAAGACUUGGUAGUGUUUUAUGGAGGACUAAAACCUCCCAGGAGUUUCGAAGUUCACUUGGAGACGUUAAUACAAGAAGGCUUAUGGCAGUUUUAAUGGUAGCUACUGUUAUUCCAGGAAUAUUCGGAGUGUUCUUUUUCUUGGGAGUAGAUGGUGUUGGAUCAGCAAUCUUUGAAAAACUUAUCAUUCAAGGAGUGAAAGAUAUCCUAUCUUUCAACGUGCUUCCCAUGAGCACUGGCUUCAUGAUUUUGCACAUGGUGUUCCUUGGAUACUUCUACAACAAUGUAUGCAUGGAAUUUGAUGAAGCUCCUACCACGAAAAAAGAAGCAAAACAAGAAUGA